AUGUCUGAAGCUCUGACAAACACCGACCUUCAAGGUGUCCUCCCUCUUAUCGCUCGAGGAAAGGUUCGCGACCUGUACGAUGUCGACGAGAAGACCCUCCUCUUCGUCGCAACGGACCGCAUCUCCGCGUACGAUGUGAUCAUGGAGAAUGGAAUCCCCGAAAAAGGCAUCCUCCUGACCCUGUGCACGAAAACCUGGUUCAAGAUCCUCUCCGAUGCCAUUCCCUCUCUCCGCACCCACUUCCUCACCCUCGACCUCCCGCCUCAAAUCCCCGAGUCGCUGCGUCCCGUCCUUCAGAACAGAAGUAUGCAGGUGCGCAAGCUGAAGAUCCUCCCCAUUGAGGCCAUCGUCCGCGGUUACAUCACCGGGUCCGCCUGGAGCGAGUACAAGAAAUCGGGCACGGUGCACGGCAUCAAGGUCGCCGAGGGUCUGAGGGAGAGCGAGGCCUUCCCCGGUGGUCCUAUCUACACCCCCAGCACCAAGGCGGAGCAGGGCGAGCAUGAUGAGAACAUCCAUCCGGAUCAGGCCGUUGCUCUUGUCGGUGAGCCCUAUGCCUCUAAGAUCGCCUCUCUCGCGAUUCAGCUUUACAACGUCGCUCACGAGUACGCCCUCACUCGCGGUGUGAUCAUCGCUGACACCAAGUUCGAGUUCGGUUUGGAUCCUGAGACUAACGAGGUUGUGCUGGCCGAUGAGGUCCUCACUCCUGAUUCAUCGCGUUUCUGGCCUAAAGACUCGUACGAGAUUGGUCGUGGACAGCAGAGCUUCGAUAAGCAGUUCUUGCGGGACUGGCUGACGAGCCAGGGACUGAAGGGCAAGCCUGGUGUACGCAUGACCGACGAGAUUGCACAGAAGACUAGCGCUAAGUACCGUGAGGCAUGGGAGCGGAUCACUGGUGGUAACUAA